CUUGUAUACACCACCCCGACACUUUCUGCGGCGACGGCGACGCUUACACUGAGCGCAUACCUACCAAGCAGGGUCCCCGCCGCCCUGCAUCCCGCCCGCUCUCCGACCCCCCCGCUGGGAACUCGGUGAGAGGCGCGCAACCGCGAGAGCUUCAAUCCCAACCCGGUUCAGCAAUUUGGGGGAGAAGAAAAAAAAAGGACAUCCAUUCCGACGCCAGCACACCGCAUAGAAUCUCACGAAGGCAUACACGAGGACUCUCGCCUUGUCGCUUACGUGCCGCCCGAUUUGGAAGAGCGGCUCCAGUCUCUCCCGAACCAGCGAGCGCAUCCACAACCACUGACCGACACGCACGCACGCCUCUCUGCACAUGUCGCGCCGGUGAAAAGGAAGGAAACGAUGUCGUACUACUUCGCCAUCGUCGGCACGCAGGACAACCCCCUCUUCGAGUAUGAGUUCGGCACCUCCAAACAGGGGGGUGAUGGCCAGUCGCGCUUCAACGAGCAGAUCCGCCAUCUGAACCAGUUCAUCUUGCAUAGCAGCUUGGACAUCGUCGAGGAGGUGCAGUGGGCGCAAGGACAGAUGUACCUCAAGCUUGUCGACAAGUUUUUCAAUAACUACGUCUCGUGCUUUGUCACGGCCGGCAACGUCAAGUUCCUCCUCCUGCAUCAGCCCUCGGCGCCGUCGAGCACGCCGUCGUCCCGGUCGUCAACCGCCAUCGGCGCCAACCCCACGAGUCCCGCGACGGAGGAGGCCAUUAAGAACUUCUUCCAGGAGGUGUAUGAGAACUGGGUCAAGGCUAUCAUGAGCCCCUUCUACAAGGUCAAUAUGGAGGUCAAGAGCCCCGUGUUUCGAUCACGCGUGGCAGCGGCGGGGAGGAAAUACCUGUAGCGAGACGGAGUUAUGCACCUAAUGAGACAGAUGGCAAUAUGUUCAGGCAAGCAGACAGAUGGCGUUGUUACUCAGGUGAAGGCGUUCAUUGGGAGUAGACAAGACACGCGUCAUGAUUCAAGUACAUCACUGCAGUGCAUGCCAAUAUUUAGAAUGUUCAAGUCACCAUUUCGGUGGUUCAUUUCAGACAAGCGUCUGCCUAUCGACGCCUUGAGUACUAU